ACUCGGAUACAGCUUGAUAUAUCCAGUUUUCUACAAAAAAUGAAGGUGUUCUUCUUGUUCGUCGCUCUCUUUGUCGUGGCUAUAUCUGCCUACCAUCACGACCAUCACGAUUAUCACGAUUACUACAAUAGCUACAGAUACCCCUACACUUACGGAAAUCAUCAUAAUAGCUACCACCACUCCGGACACCAUGGCUAUCCCUAUCAUUAUGACAGCUAUCCUUACUAUAACCACUACGGCGGAUACAGUGGAUUCUACAGGAGAUAGGGCUCUCUUACUGAAGACUACGGACAAUUGAGCAAUCUCACUGUACCUCUGUAAAGAAAGAUAACUCUAUAUAAACAUAUUUCUUCAACAACAUUUAUCUUGCAUUGUAUACAUUAUAUGUUAGAAAAUGAUUCCGUCUGAGGGUUCAUUCUCCGUUAAGAAAUGUGUCAUUAUUUCAAUUUUGAAACGAUUGUUUCUGGUAUGUUUUUCAAAAAUGUAGA